CCCCCCGCCCUACCUCUCCUUUAUCUCCUCUCACCGGAGCUGUCUGGAUGGACAGAACCAGCCUCCCCAAAUGGCUUUGACUCUGGAUCUGGAGCUGCACCUGAACAGGAUGAAACAGGCGCGUCUCUCCGUCAUGUUGGCCGCCCUCACUCUCCUUGUUCUACCAUUGUCCUCGACCACCCAGCCCAAUCCAGAUGGCACAAACCUCCUACACGUGACUAUCACGUCCGGCCCAAAAACUACAGGCGAGCUGGGUGCCACACUGACAUUGCCGUGUCUGGCGUCCCUGGCCCGUCCGCCACCCGGCCUGGUCACCAACGGCCGGCGCGCCGCCCUUUCUCUGCCUCACAUCAGGUGGAGCUUGGUAGGCCGCGACGACGAUAAAGAGACCGAGAUUCUGGUGGCCCGUGGCGACAGCGUGCAGGUGAGCGAGGUCUAUCGGGGCCGAGCCUCGCUACCGCAUUACGCCGUCUCCCCCGCUAACCUGACGCUCCGGCUGGAGGGGCUAAGGCACAGUGACGCGGGCGAAUACCGGUGCCAUGUACAGCAGGGACUCGACCACGGCCAUGAUGUCACGCAGGUCCAAGUCAAAGGUUUGGUGUUCCAUCAUGGGGAUCUGUCAAGAAGUCCCCAUGCCUUCACCUUUGAGCGGGCCCGCGAGGCUUGUGUGGAGAUCGGGGCCCAGAUGGCCAUGCCGGAGCAGCUUGAGGCGGCCUACCACAGCGGGUAUGAGCACUGCAACCCAGGUUGGCUCUCCGACCGCUCAGUUCGGUAUGCAGUACAGAAGCCAAGAGAGGACUGCUUGGGCGUCAUGGAAGGUCUUCCAGGAGUGAGGACCUUUGGAACUUUGGAGCCUGAGCAGCUCUUUGAUGUCUACUGCUUUGUGGGCCACACCGCAGGUGAGGUGUUCCAUGGCUCGGCCCCCCGUGGUUUUACUUUUGGGGAGGCCAAAGCGUACUGCCUGAGUGAAGGUGCCGAGCUAGCCACCCUCGCCCAACUAUACGCAGCCCGGAACGACGGACUGAGCCACUGUGGCUCAGGGUGGCUGAAGGACGGCAGCGUGCGCCACCCCAUGCCCACCGCUGGGGUGCGCUGUGGGGAGGAACCAGGAAACAAGACGGACUUCCCCGAAGCUCACAGACGACAAGAUGUCUACUGCUUCAGAACGGAAACAACCGCUGGAAAUGAGGAGGUUCAAACAGUCCAUUCUGUCACGCAAGACCCGCUGAAGACCGAGUCCUGGACUACAGUUGAUCCCCAGUUGGCGCCUGAGCUUUUCAUGACAAAGGCAACGUUUGGAUCAGAGGACCUCAGCAGCCCCUCGGAAGAACAUCAGAACACUUCUACUGCUGAUGCUAGUACCGGAAACAUGGCCUUGACGUCAUCUCACAUUGAAGAACCAAGGUCCUUCUCCACAGUGUCGCCCACUUUAGAGACAAACAAAACAUUUGAAGAUCAUCCACAACCUGGAGAGGCGAUCCGAAUGACCGACUCUUUGGUUACUAUGGAAACCAACGCCAUCACCUCCACUGAAUCACCUUUGGAAUCAAGUGAAGAGCUUUCUGGUGUGGCGUCCGUCACGCCAGGGACACCUGUGAUCCAGACAGUUGAGGUCGCCACAGUUACUGACUUCAGUUUUGACCGUACUGCCCCUCCCUUGACCUCUGGGAUUCCAUCUAACUCCACACAUACCUUCAUCUCAGACACUAUGGGACACCUGGAAGCCACAGAUAAAGAUGGAGAAAAAGCUAAAACGGAAACCCCAGCCAAAGCAUCCAGUGACUGGUCGGGAGAAAGUCCAGAAGCAAAACCGAAAUCUGCAUCAAAUCUGACGGACUCACCGGACCACCACACUGAUCCCAGAACACCUCCUCCAUCGGAGACUAUUUCCUCUCCACUGGAGGAGUCUGGAUUCCACAUGGAGUCCAACAAUCCACUUCUUGUUGCAUGGAAUGAAGCUACUCGCACCAUCCGAAGACCAGAGGGAGGACAAGAGAAGAAUGGCACUGAUGUCGUCUCUGUUCAAAAAUGUUCCGGGUGUCACCUUAAAGAUCAAACCAUGGAGACCGUAACUGAUGCGACUGUGGUCAGGGAAGAGCCCACAUUGGCCAUGGCUGCCAAACAGGAAGUCAUCCAAGACCUGUGCGGGCAGAGUCCAUGCUUGAAUGGCGGCACAUGCCUAGAUGGCGACACGCCCAAGUGCAUCUGCCUGCCCGGUUACGGCGGCGCCUCCUGCCAGUCAGAUUUGAAGGCAUGUGAGGCCGGCUGGGAGAAGUUCCAAAGCUUCUGCUAUCAUCAUGUAAACACGCGGCAAAGCUGGGAGGGGGCAGAACAACACUGUCGCACCAUUGGCGGACACCUCAUGUCCAUCAUGACCCCUGAGGAGCAACACCACGUCAACGAUAAAUACAAAGAAUAUCAGUGGAUCGGACUGAACGACAAAACCAUCGAGGGAGACUUCCGCUGGUCCGACGGAAACCUUCUGAUCUACGACAACUGGCACAGAGGGCAGCCCGACAGUUACUUCCUGUCUGGCGAGGACUGUGCCGCCAUGGUUUGGCAUGACGGCGGGCGCUGGAGUGACGUGCCCUGCAACUAUCAUCUUUCUUUCACAUGCAAGAAGGGCCUUUCAUCCUGUGGGGAGCCUCCUGCGGUUGCAAAUGCCAUGCCGUUUGGUAAGACGCGGACACACUAUGAGACCUUCGCCAAGGUACGCUACCGCUGCCAUGCGGGCUUCAUGCAGAAGCUGAACCCCAUCAUCAGCUGCCUGCCCAACGGCCGCUGGGAGGAGCCCUUGAUCAUGUGCCUACCAGCUGCUUCACCUGCAGACCACCGGUUCAGUUCAACUGCUCGCCCCCUCUCCGAGGAGGCGGAAGAAGUCACCGCGGCGGUCACCACGGAGAUCCACACUCAAAGCAGCUCUCCGCUCUCAGCACAUUAAGAACAUCAUAUCUUCCACACUGAAACUAACCUUAGGUUUCUGCCUAAAAAGCGCUGUAACCCAAAUGCUACGGUCGAGUUACAUCAACGAGCAAUUUUAGCGUCGCUGUCAUUGAUGAACGGUGUUUGGGGUUUUUGUUCACGAAAAGUGGUCUAUUUUAUUAAAGCAACUAUGGCGGGGCAUUUGUGCUUUA